AAACACCUGUGCUGUGGAGGGUUAUCUGUGGCUUUAGUGCCAGGCGGUGCUUUUCUCCGCUGGAGCUGGCGUCCAGGGUCUGAAGUGUCUUCUCGCCGGGUCUUCUGGGACCGUGCGACAGCUACCGCAACUCGGGCCGCGGCCUGGUGCCCUAGUGUGGGGCCCCAUUUGGCUUGGCCAUGCCUACGGCCGCCGCCCCCAUCAUCAGCUCGGUCCAGAAGCUGGUUCUGUACGAGACCAGAGCUAGGUACUUUCUUGUUGGGAGCAACCAUGCAGAAACAAAAUACCGGGUCUUGAAAAUUGAUAGAACAGAACCAAAAGAUUUGGUCGUAAUUGAUGACAGGCACGUGUAUACUCAACAAGAAGUGAGGGAACUUCUGGGCCGCUUGGAUCUAGGAAAUAGAACAAAGAUGGGACAGAAAGGAUCCUCUGGGUUAUUUCGAGCUGUCUCAGCUUUUGGUGUUGUAGGUUUUGUCAGGUUUUUAGAAGGCUAUUAUAUUGUGCUAAUAACUAAGCGGAGGAAGAUGGCAGAUAUUGGCGGUCAUGCUAUAUAUAAGAUUGAGGACACAAAUAUGAUCUAUAUCCCCAAUGAUUCUGUACGGAUUACUCAUCCUGAUGAAGCUAGGUAUCUACGAAUAUUUCAAAAUGUGGACCUAUCUAGCAAUUUUUACUUUAGUUACAGCUAUGAUUUAUCCCACUCACUUCAGUACAAUCUUACUGUCUUGCGAAUGCCCCUGGAGAUGUUAAAAUCAGAACCAACCCAGGCUCGCCAGGAGAGUUUUGACAUCUUUGAAGACGAAGGACUAAUUACCCAGGGUGGAAGCGGUGUAUUUGGGAUCUGUAGUGAGCCGUACAUGAAAUACGUGUGGAAUGGUGAACUUCUGGAUAUAAUUAAAAAUACUGUGCAUCGUGACUGGCUGUUAUAUAUUAUUCAUGGGUUCUGUGGACAGUCAAAACUAUUGAUCUAUGGACGACCAGUGUAUGUUACUCUAAUAGCUAGAAGAUCCAGUAAAUUUGCGGGGACUCGUUUUCUCAAGAGAGGUGCAAACUGUGAGGGUGAUGUUGCAAAUGAAGUGGAGACUGAACAGAUACUCUGUGAUGCUUCUGUGAUGUCUUUUACUGCAGGCAGUUACUCUUCUUACGUGCAAGUGAGAGGAUCGGUUCCCUUAUACUGGUCCCAGGACAUCUCAACUAUGAUGCCUAAACCACCUAUUACGUUGGACCAGGCAGAUCCAUUUGCACAUGUGGCUGCUCUCCAUUUUGAUCAGAUGCUCCAGAGAUUUGGCUCCCCCAUCAUCAUCUUGAAUUUAGUGAAGGAACGAGAAAAAAGAAAGCAUGAAAGAAUUUUGAGUGAAGAGCUUGUUGCUGCUGUGACCUACCUCAAUCAGUUUUUGCCUCCAGAGCACACUAUUGUCUAUAUCCCCUGGGAUAUGGCCAAGUACACUAAAAGCAAGUUAUGUAAUGUUCUUGAUCGACUGAAUGUGAUUGCAGAAAGUGUGGUGAAGAAAACAGGUUUCUUUGUAAACCGCCCUGAUUCUUACUGCAGCAUUUUACGACCAGAUGAAAAGUGGAAUGAGCUAGGAGGGUGUGUGACUCCCACUGGUCGCCUACAGACUGGCAUUCUUCGAACCAACUGUGUGGACUGUUUGGAUCGCACCAACACGGCACAGUUUAUGGUGGGGAAAUGUGCUCUGGCUUACCAGCUGUAUUCUUUGGGGUUGAUUGACAAGCCUAAUCUACAGUUUGAUACAGAUGCAGUUAGGUUAUUUGAGGAACUCUAUGAAGAUCAUGGUGAUACCCUGUCCCUUCAGUAUGGUGGUUCUCAACUUGUUCAUCGAGUAAAGACCUACAGAAAGAUAGCACCGUGGACUCAGCACUCAAAAGACAUCAUGCAGACUCUGUCUAGGUAUUACAGCAAUGCUUUUUCAGAUGCUGAUAGACAAGAUUCCAUUAAUCUCUUCCUGGGAGUUUUUCAUCCUACAGAGGGGAAACCUCAUCUCUGGGAACUCCCAACAGAUUUUUAUUUACAUCACAAAAAUACCAUGAGACUUUUACCAACAAGAAGAAGCUACACUUACUGGUGGACACCAGAGGUGAUAAAGCAUUUACCAUUGCCUUAUGAUGAAGUUAUCUGUGCUGCAAACUUAAAGAAGUUGGUAGUGAAGAAAUUUCACAGAUAUGAAGAAGAGAUUGAUAUCCACAAUGAGUUCUUCCGGCCAUAUGAACUGAGCAGCUUUGAUGAUACCUUUUGCUUGGCUAUGACAAGCUCAGCACG